AUGGCGGCGCCGCCCGCCCUGCGCUGGGCGCUGCCCCUGCUGGCGGCGCUGGCGGGCGCCGGCGGCCCCCAGAGCUUCGAGCUGCCGGGGGCCCCCAUCGACAACCUCGAGGUGAGCGGCAGCGGCGUGCUGGUGGCGGGCGGCAGCUGCCUCUACGAGCUGCGGCCCGAGCUGCGGCCCCGCCGCCGCGUGGUGCCGGCGGCGGCGGGGCAGGGCUGCGGCGAGCCCCCCGGCGUGCGCAGCAACCUGCUGCUGCCCUACCAGGAGGCCGGCGGGACGCGAGUCGUGCUGGCCGGCUGGACUAAGACGGCCGGCACCUGCGAGGUGUGGGAGCAGCCGUCCUAUCGGUUGCGCUUGAACCGCAGCGAGGUGGUCAGCUGCCUGCCCGACGGCUCCACCGCCGGCGUCGUCUUCCACGUAAAGGGCGGCUGGCACCUGGCCGUGGCGGCCACCUACUCGGCCGGCCGCUAUGGGAACCAUCUCAAGUGCGAGCCCUCCCAGUCGGACGAGGCCACUGUCAUCACGGUGCGCCGCAUAGAGGACUUGGUGUCCAAGGAGGAGCUGGGCAUCAUCAAGCGCAAGGAGGAGCCUUUGCACUUUGUUGAUGCGCUGCGGUGGAGGGGUCACUUCUUCUUUCCCUACUUCAGGUUGAGAGCCAGGUGGGGCGAUGACAUGGAGCCACCGAGCAUGGCUGUCCUGCGCCAGGUGGACGCCUCGCAGGCUGGCCUCAUUUUGCAAGGGCACGUGUAUUUGGACUGCGGGUGCAGGAACGUCAUCGUGUCCUCCAGCCUUGUCCACCAGGGUGAGCAGGGCUGGUGGGUGGGUGUUUUCCGCCACAGUGCCGAGGCCCGGAAUGCCACCGCCAUCCACAGCCACAGCGCCAAGGCCUGGAACGCCACCGCUGUCUGCAUCUUCAGGAUGGAGGAGCUAAAGGAGCAAGCCCAUGCAUCUGCGCACUUCACCAUGAACGGGAACAGCGAUGAGGUGCAAUCAAUCAAGAAAUUACCUACCUUGAUUCACUCUGGAUUAGUGGCUGUUUAUGGCACCGUUGUUUUGAAUCAGAUGGUUCUCUUUUUGGGAACAGAAGAUGGACAGUUACUGAAGGCUAUUCUUAAUGAGAAUAUGGAAUCUAAUUGCCCAGAGGUUUUAUAUGAAAUUAAGGAAGAAACCUCCAUAUUCCCCAAACUUCGUCUUGAUCCAGUAGAUAAUAACUACAUCUAUCUGUCCUCUGCCAAUAAGGUGAGAAGAAUACCAGUGGCCAAUUGCGGCAGAUACGCUUCAGAGCAAGACUGCUUAUCUGCAAAGGAUCCCUACUGUGGAUGGUGUUCCUUGAAUCAAAGGUGCACAUUAAAAGAAAAUUGUACACGUUCAAACAGCAUAAACAGUUGGCAUAACAUUUCAAAUGCACCUGAUAAAGAUCUGAAAAUCCUGCUAAGUUUCCCUACCAAAAAUCAGAUUUCUGUGACUGCAAGUAGAAGCACAAUCCUUACCUUCUGUGUGAUAAAAAUUGUAAAACCUGUUGGAAUAUUUUAUGAAAAUGUAGUGCUGAAAAACUCAUCCUGUCUCUGCAAUCUAACCACUCCAGUGGUAACUGAUAAAGAUUGUCUGGUUCUUGAAGCAUCGCUGUCCUCAAGCUCUUGGAAUAUCACACAAACAUUUCAGUUGACAAACUGCUCACUUUGUAUACACAAGGGCGAGUGUGCCAGCUGUAAAAGGACACGUGUCUCUCCUGCCACCACCUGCCAGGAUAGUUGUAAUGCAGCUGCUUCCAAGGUGAUCGCCACUGCACAGAAAACAGAGCAUAUCAACAUUCAUUCCAUUCAACCUUUGUGGAUUUCUACGUUAGGCAAAAGUGAUAUAACAGUCAAAGGAGAAAACUUUACGCAAGCAUCAGGCAUAAAACUGAUACUGACUGGAAUCACUGGCUGUAAACCAGACGUCAUUCAAGUUAGAAGUGUGAUAAACGAUACACAAAUGACAUUUGCUCUCCCACCAACACGUAAAGAGGCCAAAAGUAUAUGUAUACAGGCUAAUGGGAAAAAAUGUUCACCACUUAUGACCCUGCGUUAUGUUUCACCUCCAUCAUGCUUUGGAAUCACACCGAAUUCCUCCUGGAUCAGUGGUGGGCGCAGAAUUACUACAAUUGGUAGAAAUUUUAACGUGGUGGACAGUGUGAUUAUUUCAGAUGACCAGAGAUCAAACCUUACUGUCUCUAGGUAUCCUGGAAAUGAGUCUGAGUAUCGUUACUUAACGCCAAGCCUAAGCCAUGCAACGGAGGGCAAAGUUGUUGAUAUGAUGUUAAAAGUGGAAACUACCUUUAUACCAUGUGUCAAAUUACACUAUCACCCUGACCCAGUCUUCAUUAACUACCAGCUACACACUGAGCUGGAUCCUGAUCUGGAAUUAAAAAUAUAUAAAGAAAAUGACAACUUGAAUAUUUCCAAAACUGAGGUAGAGGUUUAUCUCUCAUACCUGAAUGGUGCACAGACAAAAAAGAUAUGGUUCAGCGUCCAAAACAUUACCAAAAAACCAGAUCGUAGCACUAUACUGUGCAAAUACAAAAGGGAAGGAACAGACAAGAUUGACUUUUCCACAGUGAAAGUUUUUGUCAAGUUAGGAAAUUUUGAGAAUGAAGUCAAACCAACAUCAUCCCACAUAUAUUUAUAUGUUCUUAUUUUGCUGCCUAUUGUAGUGGGUGUCAUUAUAGUGGCAUUCAUAGUUACUAGAUACAAAUCCAAAGAGUUAACUCGUAAACAGAGUCAGCAACUUGAACUGCUGGAGUAUGAGAUUCGGAGAGAAAUACGUGAGGGAUUUGCUGAACUGCAGAUGGAUGAAUUAGACGUGGUGGAUAGUUUUGGAACUGUUCCCUUCCUUGACUACAAACACUUUGCUCUUAGAACUUUCUUUCCAGAGUCAGGAGGCUUUGCAUCCAUCUUCAGUGAAGACAUGCCACAGAGCAGAGACCAAACGAGCAAGGAUGAAAGCUUCAACAUGUUGCAUGCUUUAAUUUGUAACAAGAACUUUCUUGUUACUCUCAUUCACACCCUUGAAAAGCAGAAAAAUUUCUCUGUGAAAGACAGGUGCUUGUUUGCAUCCUUCUUGACUAUUGCACUACAAACUAAGCUAGUUUAUCUAACCCAUAUUUUGGAAGUGUUGACAAAGGACUUGAUGGAGCAGUCAAGCAAUGUACAGCCUAAGCUUCUGCUUAGACGAACUGAAUCGGUGGUAGAAAAAUUGCUGACAAACUGGAUGUCUGUCUGCCUUUCUGGAUUUCUCCGAGAGACAAUUGGUGAACCUUUCUAUUUGCUGGUGACAACCCUCAAUCAGAGGAUAAACAAAGGACCUGUUGAUGCAAUAACUUGCAAAGCUCUGUACACGCUUAAUGAAGACUGGCUGCUGUGGCAAGUGUCUGAAUUCAAAACAGUGACAGUGAACAUUAUCUUUGAAAAGAUCCCAGAAAAUGAGAGUGGAGAUGCCUGCCAGACUAUCCAAGUUAAUGUUCUGGACUGCGACACCAUAGGCCAAGCCAAGGAGAAGAGCCUUCAGGCUUUCCUUAAUAAGAAUGGCUUUCUCUAUGGUCUUCAGCUGGAUGAAAUUGGUCUUGAACUUGUGUCUGAGGAGCAGCAAAGAGAAUUGUUAGACAUUGAUGGUUCCUCAGAGGUGAUGGAGGAUGGGAUAAGGAAGCUAAAUACCAUUGGUCAUUAUGAGAUUUCAAAUGGAGCAACCAUAAAAGUCUUCAAAAAGAAGGCAAAUACACGAUCAGAUGUGGACUACUCGGAUGAACACUGUCAUUUGAUUUUACCAGACUCUGAAGCAAACAAAGAUGUGAAAGGAGCAGGUCACAAAGGAAAGCAAAAAUUCAAAGUGAAGGAAAUGUAUCUGACAAAGCUUCUGUCAACAAAGGUUGCAAUUCAUUCAGUUGUUGAAAAGCUCUUCAGGAGCAUUUGGAGUUUACCCAACAAUAAAGCACCUGUUGCCAUCAAGUACUUUUUUGACUUUCUGGAUGCCCAGGCUGAGAGCAAAAAAAUUACUGACCCUGAUGUGGUCCAUAUCUGGAAAACCAACAGUCUUCCUCUUCGCUUCUGGGUGAACAUACUGAAGAAUCCCCAAUUUGUCUUUGAUAUUAAGAAGACUUCACAUAUAGAUGGCUGUCUGUCUGUAAUCGCACAAGCUUUCAUGGAUGCCUUUUCUCUAGCAGAACAGACACUGGGGAAGGAAGCACCGACAAAUAAACUUCUCUAUGCUAAGGACAUUCCACUCUACAAGAAGGAGGUGAAAGCGUAUUAUAAAGCCAUCAGGGAUCUGCCUCCACUGACCACUUCAGAGGUUGAAGAAUUUCUAACUCAGGAAUCUAAGAAACAUGAAAAUGAAUUUAAUGAGAAAGUGGCCUUGAUUGAAAUCUACAAAUACAUAGUGAAAUAUUAUGAUGAGAUUGUCAGCAAACUUGAGCGAGAACGGGGGUUUGAAGAAGUCCAGAAACAGCUCCAGCAAGUAAAAGCCUUAUUUGAUGAAAAGAAAAAAUGCAAAUGGCUUUGAGCAGAGCACUGACUCACAGUGUCUAUGUGGGGGAUUUUAAAUAAGCGCUACUGCUCCCAAAACUGUUUUGACUGACUAUAUGUACAGGGUUUGAAAUAUUUGGACUCUUCUCCACUCUGACCAUUCCAAGUAAAAAUCAACAUUUGGGAAUGAAGUAUGGGCAGGGUUACAUAUUCAAACAUGGGCAUGUGAAAGCAAAAGUGAGUCUAGUGUUGGCAUAGCCAGCAUUUUUAGGUACUUGAGCACACAUACCUUUUGGAUCAAAAAUACAGCCUAAGUAAGCUUUGUGCUUACUUAAAAACAGGCUUGCAAGAGAAGCAUAAACACAUUGCAAGUUCAGAGUUGCCCAUGUGAACCUGUAAGUUGCCUAGCUCUUUUUUUCUUAAGAGAGAGAGAUGAUGUUUUGCCACAUCCUUUCAGCAGCUUCAGCAAACUGUGAGGAUGAGCUCCGGCUUCAGCUGCAGUUUCCUUCCUUCCAGACAAAUGUACACUGGUUCCUGUUCAAAAAAAAAACAACAAACAAAACAAAACAGCACCAAAGUGACACUUAGAACAAGUGUGUUUAGUAGAAAAAAGUGGGACUGCAGUUUAAAAGUCAAAAUGCCACAUGGCAGGGCAUGUUAGGUUAGAAAUUCCAUGGGCAAACUGAAGCCACCACUGAGCAGGCUUUUGGAGAAAGGCACUAGACCGGCAUCAGUCUGUGUUUACAUUUCUACCUUUCCAUCCUUAAAUAAGCUGUGAAACUCUUGUGAGCAGCUUCACACGUGAAGCCUCCGUGCAGCUAUACUGCAUGGGAGCACCUUUGUGAUUGAUAAAGCAGCUGAUGAUGGCUGCACUUUGGUGCACAAACCUGUACUCAGGUGCAUGAUUGCCCGUGCAUCAGUGCUGGCAGUCCUGGCCAUCCAUGUACAAGGGCCUCACAAAUCUAAAGCCAGCAUAUUUUUUUUUUCAGGUUGUCCACACAAAGGCUUUGUCAAAAGAGGGUUAGUUUAACAUCAUGUCAGAAGGGGGGCGGGGGGGGGAGCUGAUGUAAUCUCUGUGGAUGAGAAACUGAUACAAGUGGUGGGGGUGAGGGUAGGGAGGUUCUAACUGCCUGCCUUAGUCCUGCUGGGGUGUUUUUUGAGGCUUGGCUGUGUUCAAAGGAGGGCGUCCAUUACAUUUGCAUGGGUGGCUAAAGUUAGCCCAGCUGGAAAGCAGGUGGGUGGCCAUGCUGCUGAGACGAGGCUGGUGCAGUGGCUGCCAUGCAAAGCCACGGAGGAGCAGCCAUGACUCUGGCUCUGCUGCUGCACCAGCAGAGUCCUACCCUUCACUACAGAGUUGACAAUUUUUGUUGCCAUGGACUCUGCUGCAGUCUUGUGGAGGCACUUUACUGAGGCUGCAGCCUGCCCUUACAGUUGAGGUAAGGUGCUGAUAAGAUGGAGACUCACUUCCACAGGUUUCCAGAGGGACCCACCACUGGAGGCAAGUGGUGUAGCACAGUGGCCCAAGGAGAGGGAAGAGCUGUCCCCUGCCUUGGCCACAGCUAAGGUGCCACAGGCAGGCUGUGAAAGGCACAGAUGGCUUAAGAUUAGCCUGUGCUGGGGCUGUGACCAGCCAGAGAUGCCUAUGCAGGGCUCCUAGGCAGUGGGAGAAUUUAAAAUAUGUCUCAGAGUGCCCUGCUGCUGCUGCUGCAGAGCCCAGAGGCUGCAGGACAUCAGUACUAAAGCUGGCUGGUUUGGUUGUAAAGCCUUCCAGAAGCUGGCACCAGGCACAACCCCCAGCACAUGGCCAGGCUCACCCACCUCAGCAGCAGCAAGGCUGCCUGUGAACAUGGGAAAGAGCCAACACAAAAAUGUGUUGCCUGCUGGUCUGCCCCCUCCCUGCCCUGUGAUUGCACAAACUGUACCUCUUGCAUAUCAGAGAGGGCAGCCACCAACCCAUACUGUGAUGGCUUUGUGAUUUGGUUGGUUGUUUUUUGUUGGGUUUUUUUUUUUUUAAUUCAAGUCUUACACUUGCUAUUAAGUUUACACUAUACUUGAUGGAAUGUAUGGCUUUGUUCAGGAAACUGCACUAUGGUGUUGCAGUACUUUCAGCAGUUCUCUGCGUGGCACAAUAUAUUGUGGUAAGUUUAAUUUUAAUCAGAAAAACAACCCACCCCCAACCCUAACCUGUCUCACCCUCUGUUCUAAAGAAGCAGACUUUAGCUUGAGUAGCACUUAAGCUUAGAAUACCUGUACUUAAGGGCUUGAUUUGUAUCUCUUUUAACCUAACCUUUUUAAAGCAGCAUCAAAUAAAUAAAAGCACAGUAAUUAAUAUUUAAAGGAGGGGCGUGAGCAACUCACUCUUCCCAGUUAGACAGAUGUCUCAGCAGUUCUGUGCCACUUCAGGUAUUUGCUGGCAGUGCAUUUGAGUGAACUGUGAUAGUUUUGUUCAACAGUAACCUUCUGUACAGGCAGAAAAAAACAAACAAACAAACCAAACUCUAACUUUUCUGCUUGAAAAGCUGUAAAAUAUAACCUGUUUGCGUGGGUCUGAUCCUGUGAACUUCACUAUGUGUGUUUAUAUGAUGAGGAACCGAAAAACCAGUCCUAUUCUGUAUUUGUACUACUUCUUGUUUGCUACAAUAGCUUUAAUGAUUUUUAGAGAUUAAGUAUAUGUUGAAGCAGGCCAAGUAGCUUUAGCCUACAGCCUGGAAUAGGAUUAUUGCCUUUUAUUCAAGCCUCCUAAACAGUGUCACUCUUGUUAGUAAACCAUUUAAAGUCAUGCUGAGACUUUGUAACCCAUGAAGUGGAUCUCACGAAGUGAUGUGAAGUAUAAUUAAGUGAUUGUGGCUCUUUUGGUAGGUUUGGGUCAGCACACACACCAUUGGCACACCUUCCAUAUCUGCAAUUCGCUGUUACUGUUACAGGGACAGAGAGAACCACCUCUGACUAAAGCUGUCUUAUGGCCACCCAACAAUUCUAACAGCAUUCUCUGAAAUGAAAGCAAACUGCUCUUUAACUUAUUUUCACAUGUUUACAGGCAAACUGAUAUGGCAAACAGCUUAUUUUCUAACACUAGCUUACAGAGCAUUAUUUUGCAGUCAUCUAGUUUGAAGUCAAAUCUUACUACUGUGUGAAGUAAUUCCUGUUGUACAGAAGUUAACCUGUUGUUUAAAAUGAAUGGUUUAAAAAAAAAAAAAAAGUGCAAAUGACAAAUACAUGUUGGUGUUUGUAUGGGUUUAUCUAGAAUAAAAUGCAUUUGGAAGUUA